CGUCCAAUCAGGCACGCAGCCAGAGUGAAGUGGAAGGCUUCCGUGUUUUGCGGGGCCUUUGUUUCUGACUGCAGCGGGAGCUCCAGAUCUUGUCUUCACUGCUCUGUAUCCUCUGCUCCUAGAGGCCCAGCCUCUGUGGCCCUGUGUCCUGCAGGUAUUGGGAGAUCCACAGCUAAGACGCUGGGAGCCCUGGAAGCCUAGAAAUGGGGCCAUUGCAAUUUAGAGACGUGGCUAUAGAAUUCUCUCUGGAGGAGUGGCAGUGCCUGGACACUGCACAGCGGAAUUUAUAUAGGAAUGUGAUGUUAGAGAACUACAGAAACCUGGUCUUCCUUGGUAUUGUUGUCUCUAAGCCAGACUUAAUCACCUGUCUGGAGCAAGGAAAAAAACCUUUGAUCAUGAAGAAACAUGAGAUGGUAGCCAACCCUUCAGUUAUGUGUUCUCAUUUUGCCCAAGAUCUUUGGCCAGAGCAGAGCCUAAAAGAUUCUUUCCAAAAAGUGACACUGAGAAGAUAUGAAAAAUAUGGACAUGAUAAUUUACAGUUUAAAAAGGGCUGUGAAAGUGUGGAUGAGUGUAAGGUGCACAAAAGAGGUUAUAAUGGACUUAACCAAUAUUUGACAACUACUCAAAGCAAAAUAUUUCAGUGUGAUAAAUAUGUGAAAGUCAUUCAUAAAUUUUCAAAUUCAAACAGACAUAAGAUAAGACAUACUGGAAAAAAACCUUUCAAAUGUAUAGAAUGUGGCAAAGCUUUUAACCAGUCUUCAACCCUUACUACACAUAAGAAAAUUCAUACUGGGGAGAAACCCUUCAAAUGUGAAGAAUGUGGCAAAGCCUUCAACUGGUCCUCACACCUUACUACACAUAAGAUAAUUCAUACUGGAGAGAAACGGUACAAAUGUGAAGACUGUGGCAAAGCCUUUAGCCGGUUUUCAUACCUUACUGCACAUAAGAUAAUUCAUAGCGGAGAGAAACCCUAUGAAUGUGAAGACUGUGGCAAAGCCUUUAAGCGCUCCUCUAACCUUACUACACAUAAGAUAAUUCAUACUGAAGAGAAACCCUACAAAUGUGAAGAAUGUGGCAAGGCCUUUAAGCGCUCCUCUAUCCUUACAGCACAUAAGAUAAUUCAUAGUGGAGAGAAACCCUACAAAUGUGAAGAAUGUGGCAAAGCCUUUAAGCACCCCUCUGUCCUUACUACACAUAAAAGAAUUCAUACUGGAGAGAAACCUUACAAAUGUGAAGAAUGUGGCAAAGCCUUUAAGUACUUCUCAUCCCUUACUACACAUAAGAUAAUUCAUAGUGGAGAGAAACCCUACAAAUGUGAAGAAUGUGGCAAAGCCUUCAACUGGUCCUCACACCUUACUACACAUAAGAGAAUUCAUACUGGAGAGAAACCCUACAAAUGUGAAGAAUGUGGUGAAGCCUUUAAGUACUCCUCUUCCCUUACUACACAUAAGAUAAUUCAUACUGGACAGCAACCCUUCAAAUGUGAAGAAUGUGGCAAGGCCUUUAAGUGCUUCUCUAUCCUUACUACACAUAAGAGAAUUCAUACUGGAGAGAAACCCUACAAAUGUGAAGAAUGUGGCAAAGCCUUCAACUCGUCCUCACACCUUACUGCACAUAAGAGAAUUCAUACUGGGGAGAAACCCUACAAAUGUGAACGAUGUGGCAAGGCUUUUAAGCGCUCCUUUAUCCUUAAUAGACAUAAGAGAAUUCAUACUGGAGAGAAACCCUACAAAUGUGAAGAAUGUGGCAAAGGCUUUAAGUGCUCCUCUACCCUUACUACACAUAAGUUUUUUGUUUAUUGCAGAGAAGUGGAUGUCCUACCAGAAAACUGCUACUCUCAUCUAUAUUCACAUUGACUAAUAGUGAAUGGAAGUGAAGUGGGUAAAAGGUAAAUGUGUCUUCUAUCUUUUUUCAUCCAUUGGCUGAAGAACAGGAAAAUGUGGAAAAUAAAAGAAAAUAUAACCCCUGAAAGAUCAUGAAGAAGCUCUCUUUACCAGACAAAAAACCUUAUAGGGGAUUUUUUUGUUUGUUUUAUUAUUGUACCAUCUGCUUCUAUGAGUUUUUUUUUUUUUUUUUUUUUACACUUUACAUAGAAAUAGGAUUAUGUGGGCUGGGCACAGGGGCUGAUGCCUGUAAUCCCAACACUUUGAGGGGCUGAGGUGGGUGGAUCAAUUGAGGUCAGGAGUUUGAGACUAGCCUGGCCAACAUGAGGAAAUCCCACCUCUACUAAAAACAUAAAAAUUUGCUGGGUGUGGUGGUACAUGCCUGUAAUUCCAGGUCCUGAGGAGGCUGAGGCAGGAGAAUCUCUUGAACCUGGGAGGUGGAGGUCGCAGUGAGUGGAGAUGGUGCCACUGCACUCCAGCUUGGGUGACAAAAGCAAAACUCCAUCUCAAAAAAAAACCAGGAUUUUGUUUUUUUUCUGUGCUGACUUAUUUUACUUAGCAUAAUAUCUUUCAGGUUCAUGAAUGUUGUUGCAAAUAACAAGACUUUCUUAUUUUUAAGGGCUGAAUAGCAUUUCAUUGUGUAUAUAUACCAUAUUUUCUUUCUCCAUUCACCUAUUGAUGGACACUUAGGUUGAUUUCAUACCUUAGCUAUUGUGAGCAAUCAACUUCCUUCCUUCUCUUUUAUUUUGGUGUUGUUUUGUUUUGUUUUGCUUGAGAUGGAGUCUCAUUCUGUUACCCAAGCUGGAGUGCAGUAGUGCAAUCUCAGCUCACUGCAAACUCUGCCUAUCAGGUUCAAGUGAUUCUCAUGCCUAAGCCUCCCGAGUAGCUGAGAUUACAAGUGUGCGCCACCACACCAGGCUAAUUUUUGUAUUUUUGGUAGAGGAAGGCUUUCACCAUGUUGACCAGGCUGCUUUUCAUUUGUUUAUAUAUUUCUUUCUUCCUUUCUUUCAUUUCUAGAAGUAUUUUAAUUUUAAUAUAUAAAUUAUGACUUGUAAAAACCUUCAUUUCUCUGUCUUUGCUUACUGUUAUGGCUGAUUAAAAAAUAGGUUUUCAAAAUUUCCUGGAUAAAGGUUAUUACUUUAUUGUUAACAUAACUUGAGACAAUAUAGAAAUGAAAAUAAACAUUUAUUAGUAAAACAGAAAUUAUCUAGCUACUGGUAGUCAUUUGAAUUAAUAGAGUGUAAACUUUUUGGUUACCAAGAGGAUGUACCAUGCCAUUCAUGAGAAAUUUACCCCCAUGACACAAACAUGUCCCAGCAGGUCCCACAUCCAACAUUGAGGAUUUAUUUUGCAGCAUGAGGUCUGGAGAACAUGGACAUCCAAACCAUAUUAUAUACCAACUUGGCUUCACAGACACGCACAAAACUCUCCAGUCAAAACCAAGAUAAUACACAAUAUUCCCAUUUGCAUCUGGUGUAUUCUGUUAGGACAUAUACCAAGUUUUAUUAAAUUUAAAAGUACUGACUGGGUACAGUGGCUCUCACCUAU